ACGGUACGUUUCAACAGUACACAACUGAAUCAACACUAUCUAUACAUGCGACACGGUUAGAGUUGCACCUAUAUAUAAUAAAGCGUCGUAUGUGAAUAACGUGAAACAUUCAACGUCUAACUGCUCGACACGUUCAACAUGCGUCACGUUCUUCUCUUUUCGUUGCUGUUUUGCAGUUUGUUUCUGAACGGAAUGUGCGAAGAUGACGAUGAAAACGACCAGAUUAUCGGUGGAACUUUUGCCGCCAAAGGCCAGUAUCCUUACAUGGUUUAUUUUAGGAACCAAGCGACAGGAAGGCUCUUUUGUUCUGGAACAUUGAUCACACCGUCCAGAGUUCUGACAACUGCGUGGUGUUUUCCAAGCUCCCUGUCGAUGAUAGACGUCACUGCAUGGAUGAACACUGUGUCACUGACUCCGGAUGUCGAUCGAGUAGUGCGGAGGGUCAUCAGAGUCGUUCGAGCUCCCGAUUACAAUCCAGUCACUGGUUUGCAUGACAUUGCCAUAAUUACGCUGGAUGCACCUGUUUUUUCUGUACGACCAGUGCGCUUGGCUUUCGGGGCGUUCGUCAACGCUGGAAACACGGCCGUUGUGACCGGUUGGGGUUACACCGGUGCCACGCAGUUAUCGACAUUCCUGCGCCAUAGUCCCAUUACCAUCCAGCCUAAAUCGCUGUGCGUGUCGUCGUUCGGGAACACCAAUUUUGGCAGCCAAUUUUUCAUUUGCGCCGCGUCAAUUGGUGUUGGCUCGUGCUCCUUGGAUGCUGGCAGUCCCAUUCUGCUAAAUGGAAAUCAACUUGGCAUCAGCAGCCGAUCUCGUUGCGGUGGAGGUGAGCCCGUCGUUGGUGUCGAUGUCCGCGCCUAUGAACGCUGGAUUGUCAGCCAAUCUCUGAAUCAUAUCUUAUUAGAAACAAUUGUGAGGAUUGGACAACAACUUGACAUUAUAUUUACAUUAUACAAUAAAGUAUCACAUUUAGCGAGGAUGGUGUCCAUUUAUUGACCUAAAUUACGCUCAAGAAUUUAUAACUAGCGCCUUUAUCGUCAUUUUCAUUGGUCUUUAGAAUUUUUCCUAUUCCUUUUUAGGUGUGAGAUAUACUCGUUGCGGUACGUCAUCGCCGUUAUAGUUUUCUGUUUGAUGUCAAGUAAUGAAAAAUAAGUUUUAUGGAAUGCCCAACAAUGUCGUAUAGGUACCCUGGAAAAAUUACCUCGGUGCGGUUUCUUAGUUGGACUGAUGAUCCAUAAUUUACAUGAGAACAUGACUAGCUACUUUACAUUGUACCUGCUGCUUUGUCACGACUUUUAAUAUGUAUUUCUUGUACAGUACAUAAUAUGACUGCUGCUGCUGCUUACACGCUAAA